ACGUUGCCUCACCGGGCACUCAUUUGAUCUCUGGUGACACAGCGCAGUGACAGCAUGAGAACUUUUUAUUUUCUUUCUUUCUUCUUUUUUUUUUUUUAAGGAACAGCUUGUCUAAAACAACAUGUCUUUCACCUUUGGCAAGGCUUAGUGUUAAGCAGAUUUAAAUUGUGAACAUUUAGGCAAUAGUGAUGGAAAAGCAUUUUCGAGAGGACACAUUGUCAAGAAAAAUAAAAAUGAGCACUAAUACGUGGGUGGCCAUUGGCAGGACCCGACCCCCAAGUCACUCAGAAGUGAUGCCUCAGUAUGUUCACCAUUUGGCCCCAAAGUCUCUGCCUGAAAUCACCCCUGCGACUCCACAGCAAAAAGAUUCCAAACAGAGAUGUGUCAAGUGGAUUGCGGUUCCUGCAAUCUGCUCGCUGCUCCUCUUCCUCCUGGCCGGCAUCCUCUUGGCUUAUUACUAUUCCUCCGCCUGCGUGCACGGAAUCCCAUGCGGUGGUAAUACAGGCUGUGUGUGGGAAUCCCAGUGGUGUGAUGGGCUGGUGGACUGCCCAGCAGGCCAAGAUGAAGCUUAUUGUGUAAGACUUCAUGGCUCCAGUUUCCUGGUUCAGAUCUUCUCAACUCACAGAAAACAAUGGACGACUGUUUGUUCUCAUGGCUGGACAGCCCAACAGGCCCGAACGAGCUGCCGGGACAUUGGAUACAGCGAGAGCACGAGUGUUACAUGGGGCCUACGUCAGGCACACUCUGAUGAUGGCUUCUUGAUGGUGAAGUCGGACCCAAACCCUCACGUCCCCAUAGUGCAGCAGGUUGAGUUCAGCAAUGACUGUCCGGACAACACUGUUGUGACAUUGCUAUGUACAGAUUGCACCCGAGGGGUAAACUCCAGCAGGGUUUCUAAGGGCCAGCAGGCCUCCCUCGGGUCCUGGCCGUGGCAUGUCAGCCUGCAGCUGAAAAAUUCCCACCGGUGUGGAGGUGCUAUCAUUUCCCCCUACUGGAUUGUCACAGUGGCUCACUGUGCGGUAAUGACAUCCAGCCCUGAAGACUGGUCAGUGUAUGCGGGGCUUGUGGACCCUUUGGGCAUUCUCUUUAACCCCGCUCAUGCUGUGAGUCUCAUCAUUGCUCACGAAGGCUUUGACAGAAUCACUCACAAGAACGACAUUGCUCUGAUGAGACUCACCAAACCUCUAGACUUCACCGCCUCCAGUAAUGUUGGUCCCGUGUGCCUCCCAAACGUUGGUCUUAACAUCUCCGUCCCUGUAAAUGGCUGGACAACAGGAUACGUUGUUGCUCUCAGCGGAGACUCUCCACACCUUAUGGAAGCUCAGGUCACUCUGACGAACGCUGCGGCGUGCAACAGCUCGGCGACCUACAACGGACGAAUAUCGAAGGACAUGCUGUGCGCCAAAGGAGUGCAACCUGGAUCGGACGCAUGCGGGGUGAAGACCGACAGCGGCGGGCCUGUGGUGGCUCAGAGCGACGGCUUAUGGUGGCUGCUUGGGGACAAUAUUUGGCCGGAAAGCUGCAGCGACCCAAACAAGCCGGGUGUUUACAGCAACGUCACCUUUUUCUUGGACUGGAUACACCAUCAGAUGAAGAAACAUCAAAAUGACUGAAGACAUGGAGACCACAAAUUGAACUGAAGAUGCUGUUUCCCAAUGGUUUAAUCUCCCCCCGCCCAACCCAUAUCAUUGGCAACAUAGUGUAAGUUGUUUACCCAAUAAUUUCUCAUUUUGUAUUUGCAUAACCUAUAAGUCUGCAAAUGUUUAUGUUCUCUCUUUCUGAAAACCCAGUUUGAAUAGUCAGUCAUGCAUUUUAUAUACUGUAUUUUCCACACUAUAAGGCGCACCUAAAAGCCUUUAAUUUUCUCAAAAGCCGACGGUGUGCCUUAUAUAUGGAUCAAUAUUGAGCCUUUAUUGCGGCUCCAUCUAAUAGAUGCGUAACGUAACCCCAACCUCUACUGCAGCGUCUAUUCUAUGCGCCUUUUACGGUGCGCCUUAUAUAAGAAAAAAGUUUUGAAAUAGGCCAUUCAUUGAAGGUGCGGCUUGUAGUGCGGAAAAUACCGUAAUCAUUUUGAUUUAGUUACCACUAUUUUACAAUUACUACAAUUUAACGCAGCGGGCAUAGCCAUUUUCUUUAAGGCAGCUUUAUUCACUUUUCGGUUGUGGCAUAGCUUGCUUUAUUACUUCAGACGUGAAUCGUUAAUACGUAAUGUUCAGGUGUCUCUUGCAGUUAAUGAACGACAAAGUGACUUCACAUCACAAAUUAGAACAAAAUCCCAAUAAUAAAUGGUCUUUGUCAGAUUUCAUGUCUUUUUUUUUUCACAAUCAUAGCCAGUCUUCUUGUGAAUGGGGAUGAUUAUUUCACCACAAAACAGCAGAGGUUGGUAGUUGUACUGUUACUUUGAAACUGGGGUGUCAAACUCAUUUUUAUCUCAGGCCACAGUGUUGUUGGGCCGUUAUGACUGUGGAACCAAAAUAUUUAAUCAUCACAUCAUUUUUACAUCAUCAAUCUAUGAGGUAGUUUUGGAAUCAGAAAUCAAGGGUCAUGUGUUUUUUUUAACUAGGUGACACAAAAAUGCUUGUAAUAUCUCAACAGUUUAUCAUUUAUGAUAUAAGACAUUUUGAAAUUUUACACAGAUUUUUACAAGAAUCAUGGAAAUCUCGAUUUGGCUUCGUGGGCCACUUAAAAUCAUGUGGCAAGUCAGAUCUGGCCCUUGAGUUUGACACCUGUACUUUAGAAGAAUAUGACGAGUGAAAAAAAAUAGUCCUCUAGUCACUUGAGUAAGACGAAUAAAAUA